CGGCCAUGAACGCAACUGUGACCCGGAAGUUGACGACAUCGCUUGUCGUCUUUUCGCAGCAACACAAACAGUGCACCGUUAGCCGUGAUUUAUUCGGCCCUUUGGAACAGACACACUUAAAAUAUGGCUGAAGUCGAGGACACCCUGAAGCGGAUCCAGAGUCAGAAAGGAGUUCAGGGGAUCAUCGUCGUCAACUCAGAGGGAAUCCCCAUCAAGUCGACUCUGGACAACUCCACCACGGUGCAGUACGCCGGACUCAUCCACCAGCUGGUGACGAAGGCCAGGAGCACUGUACGAGACCUCGACCCCCAGAACGACCUCACCUUCCUGCGGAUCCGCUCCAAGAAGAACGAGAUCAUGAUCGCUCCAGAUAAGGACUAUUUCUUGAUCGUCAUCCAGAAUCCGUCAGACUGAAGCAGAGGAGCUGCUGCUGAUGCCUUUCUUUCUGUCUGUCUCUCUGUCUCUUUCAUUUCUGAAUAGCUACACUUUUUUGUCUUGGAUGAAAACAAACAUCUCGUUGACCCGACACUUUGAUGAACUCGCUGUAAAAGAAGUCAGGAGUUGAAGGUGGAUCUUACAAGUGUCUGCGCCUGACAACGAGCUGACGUCUUUCCCCGUGAUUUAGCAUUCCUGACGCAGAGUCAAUCUCACAUGUAUUCAGAAACGCAUAUGUAUGGCAAAGGCUUUUUUUUUUGUCCAUCUAAAUGACAAAUGAUGGAUUAUUUAUUGUCAUUAUUGUUUUGUUGGCGGGAGUAUUACAGUGGCGAGCAAUGCGACAAACAUCGACUUCCUGUUGGGUAUUUGUAACAAAUGAUAUUAAAACAAACACGUGGAAAUGAUCUGAUGUCUCUUCUGUCACGUAUUUGUGCCACUUAUUGUCAGUGAUUUAAAGUGUGUGCAGACACAUCCAAAAAUGAUGUAAACACAGAUUAUUACGCUGCUGUCCAUUUACAUCGCAAGUCUGAACUUAGAGUGACGUCACCGCCACAUACGACUGAAACAAAUACGACACAAGUGCUAUUAAACCGCAAACGAGUGCUUGUAUGGCGGCAGCCUUCUUGGAAUCCCAUGCGAGUUAGAAGUUCAAAUUCAGGAACCCGGAAAUUUCUGUGUUGCGACUACGUAAUGGAACACUCCAUGUAAUAAAACGAUGAACAGAAGAA